AUGUCGGGCGACAAGGUCUCGGUUCUUUUCGUCUGCCUAGGCAACAUAUGCCGGUCGACCAUGGCAGAAGGUGUCUUCCGCUCGAUCGUGAAAGACAAGACCUCGCCCUAUUACGAUCUCAUCGGCAAGGUUGAUUCUUGCGGAACAGGUACGAGCAGCAGCGUCGGGAGAUUGUCUACCCUCACCCAAUGUGUGCGCGCGCGACGGGCAGUGCUAAUCGCAGUCUCUGCAGGAGGGUACCACACUGGCGACGAGCCGGACUCGCGAACCUUGUCGACACUUGCCGACAAGGGCAUCACGAAUUACAAGCACGCUGCACGACGGCUUCGAGACAGCGAUUUCAAGGAAUUCGACUACAUAUUUGCGAUGGACGAGAGCAACCUGAGCGAUCUGGGACGGUGGCAGAGCAGGAAGAAUGCGAACGGAGACGCAAAGGUCAUGCUGUUCGGCGAGUUCUCCGGCUCUGGGCGCAAAGAGGUUGUCCAGGACCCAUACUACGCCGGUCGCGACGCCUUCGAGAAGACAUUCCAGCAGUGCAAGAGGUUCUCGGAGAACUUCCUGGCGGCGACAUUCCCGGACGUCCCCAAGCCGGCAUCAUGA